UGCGUUAUGGGAGAGAAGGCGCAGCAGUAACCAAUCAGCAGCCGGCUUUCUGUACAGCCGGCUAAUCGUGUGACUCAGUGUUAAAGUGUAGCAAUCAGCUGUUCUCACUGGCCCGGCCUCAUAACAUCCUUGGUCCUGUGAAUGUGUAGGGUAAUUACUCCGGUCACAGGACACUGCUAGAAUGUUCAGGAGAGUUGCGGGGAAGACACUGGGAUUCCUGGGAUAUGCCAUCCAAUACGGCUGCAUCGCUCACUGUACUUUCGAAUACGUUGGAGAAAUAGUGAUUUGUUCUGGACCCUCAAUGGAACCCACCAUAAAGAACUAUGAUGUUUUAGUUUGUGAAAACUUAAGUCGACAUCUUUAUUCAAUUCACAAGGGCGAUGUCAUAAUUGCAAAAAGUCCGAACAAACCAAACGUUAACAUCUGCAAGAGGGUAAUUGGAUUGGAAGGUGACAAAGUCUGUAUCAGCGCUCCAUCUAACCUCGCCAAGAGACACGCUUAUGUACCCAAGGGCCAUGUUUGGUUAGAAGGGGACAACUUAAAAAACUCUACAGAUUCCAGAAAUUAUGGACCAGUCCCCUACGCCUUAAUCAGAGGACGAGUUUCUUUUAGGAUCUGGCCUCUGAACUCCUUUGGCGCUCUGCAGGACAGUCCAAAUAAACGUGUAUUACAAGACAACUGACCAUGGCUGUCGCUACCUCAAUUUUUUUUUAUUUUUUUUUUAGAUAUUCUUAAUUUAAUCUUCUAAAGGAUAUUUUAAUUAUUUAAAAAGCAUGUAGUUUAAUUUCUAAUAAAAUUACCUCAAUUUUGAA